GUUGGCCUCGUCCGUCAGCAAGCACAAGCCGUCGGGCAUUUUUCGUCGUGUCAAAUUCUCUAACUUGGCAGCAUUUGUUCGUCAGCCCUGUUUUCGGCGAAAAUAAAAAGUUUCCAUAAAUUGCUCCACCAAUUUAAAAAAGCAUGUCCGCGGUCAACAUUCUGUGCCUGGUGUGCAACGGAAGCUGCGUCUCGUCCCGCAACUCGAUCCAGAUUUUCAACAAGGAGACCAAGACCAGCUCGGAGACGCCGCUUAUCGACACUCUGACCAAGGUUUUGGACAAGGAGCUGACCGAAGACACCGCACACUCGCACGUCAUUUGCAAAAAGUGCUUCAAAAUCUUCGAUGAAGUGGACGAGCUUGAGCACAGACUGGACGAACUCAAAAGCGAACUCGUUAGCAACUACACGAGCGCCUUGACCAGGCACAAAAACGGCGACAAUCAAAUGGACGAAAGUGAGGCGCUGGAAAACGGGAAGGUGACCGACUCGAACAAAGAAAACGAAUUGCCUCGAAAGAUCCUCGAUAUCCCGUCGUCAGACGACGACACGAGCCAAGUUAUGGAGAAGAACCAACUCCAAACAAUCGAGGACAUUGAGAUGGAGCUGGUGAAGAUGCAUGGGGGCAUCGAGAACGUGGACCCGGUCAAAGAGUUAACAGCCGGUGAUAUUAUCGAUUCGGGGGCUGUCGAUCACUCCUCCGACUCAGAUUACGAGCCCCCAGUCAGUGUGGAAAGCUUCACGAAAUCCAGUUCUGAUAUAAAAGUCAAAAUGGAGCCUUCUGGAGAAAGUGGGGGUAGUGAUCGCCCCAAUAUUUUACGUAAAAAGCCGUCAAAUCCAGACGCGUUGAAAGUCAAGGACGAACCAUCAAUGCAUUUGCAACCAAUGGUGGCUCGGCAAGACUCACUUUUUAGCUGUAUGGUGUGUCAGGGUGAAGAGACCGUUGCAGGGGACGUUCGUGCCAUCACCGCCCAUAUGAAAAAUGUGCACGACAUCCGAUUGUACAUUUGCGACGUUUGUGGACAAGACUUCCGGAAGAGAAACGAGCUGUCGGCCCACCUCGACGAGCACGUGGCCGCCGAAGAGGGCGAUUUCCAAUGCGAGGUCUGCAAUCGCAUUUUCAGUAAUUUGCGUCUGUUUCGCAUCCAUCGACGCAUGCACUACCCCCAAAACAAAGCGUGGGCAUGCGAGACGUGUGGCAAGAAAUACAGUAGCAGGAAUUUGCUCGAAGAGCAUAUAAACACCCAUACCGGAGUCCGACCUUACGUUUGCCAACAAUGCGGCAAAGAUUUCGCCUCGAAAUACACCUUCAAAGCACACGAAAAGACCCACGAGGUCAGGCCGCGACCCUACGCCUGCAACCAGUGCCCCAAGUCCUUCCUGAGCCAGCAAAACCUGAUACAGCACGAGCGGACGCACACCGGGAUCAAAGAGUUCAGCUGCCAUUUGUGUGGCAAGAGGUUUGGUUCGGCGCACAACCUCGAAGUCCACUCCAUCGUGCACACGGGCUACAGGCCCUUCGUGUGCUCCAUCUGCCACAAAGCUUUCGCUCGUAAGGCGGAGAUCCGCGACCACGAGCGCACCCACACUGGGGAGAGGCCGUACCAGUGCGAGAUGUGCGGUGCCACCUUUUCGCAAAGGUCCAACUUGCAGUCGCACAAAAGGGCCACGCAUCUGGACGACAAGCGCUACAUCUGCGUGGACUGCGGCAAAGGGUUCAAGCGGCGCCGGCUGCUGGACUACCACAUGAAGGCGGCACAUACGGGCGAAAGGCCCUUCAAGUGCAACGUCUGCGACGCCACGUUCGUCUACCCCGAGCACUUCAAGAAGCACAGGCGGAUACACACCGGAGAGAAGCCCUUCCUGUGCGAGGUCUGCGGCAAGGCGUUCAACAGUCGCGACAACCGCAACGCGCACAGGUUUGUGCACUCGGAUAAAAAACCGUACGAGUGUCUGGUCUGCGGGGCCGGGUUUAUGCGCAAGCCGCUCCUUUACCAGCACAUGCAGAGUCAGGGGCAUUUGAACGACACGAUCGUCGUGAAUCAGCCGAGACUGACGACUGAUGACGACCAGCUAGUGACGGUGAAUUCGCGAGGGGAGAUGGAGAUUGUGGAUCCGAUUGCGUUGGCUGAAGCUGUUGAUGGUGACGGGAGUGUGGCUGAAGACUCCAAGUUGUAUAUUUCUGAGCAUAUUUUGCAAUCGCCAGCUGAGCAGGAACAAGCAGAGGGUGAAGGGAUGGAAACAGUGGAGCAUAUCAUAAUCGAUGGACAGCACAUACGGUUUGAGAAUGAUGACGAGGAAGUUGAUACGAUCACAGGAGAGACGUUAGCUGAGAGCGAAACGCAAAUUAUAGAAACGCCAGAUGGGCCAGUGCAGUUGGUUCGUGUGCGGAUACCCAACGAGCAUGGGGAGGAGGAAGAAGCAUGGAUUAAAAUAGUUCCCGAGUAAUUUAUUUAUUUGACUGUAAAGGUAAAUAGGUUAAAACUUAUUUUGUAUUUGUAUAGAGCAGUUAAAUAUAAUAUGAAUUUAAAUCACA